AUUUUCGCUAUCUCAUUCUCUGUCUCGAAUUUCUACGCAGCCGUCGAGAAGUUAGUUCCAGUUUAUCGUCGACGGUCGUCUAUUCCCAUUUUCCGGCGGCAAGAGCGACUGCAAUUGUUGCCCAAUUUCAUCCCUAACGACAAGUUUGCUACUCCCCACUGUUUCUUCCUUGCAAAGAUCUAAGGGUUUAUUCUUCAGUUUUGGUAGGAUUUAACGGAGUGGCAGGAACUGUUUGAUUGGUUUGUUCGUUUCUUUGAUUGGGAAUUAUAUUUGAACGAGCGAUCUUAUUUUCUAGGUUUACUGUGCGUUGUAAUUUGGUUAUUUUGUAUAGCAUCUAAAGCGAGAAGCACAAUCGCACGACCAUGUCGAGGAUUGAUGAUUUACCAUAUUCUAGGCCACCAUUCUUAUGAUAGAUAAGGUUGAAAAGAGUGGAAAAGAGAAGCAUAACAUGAUGAAAUUUGGUAACUCUUAUUAUAAUGGAAAGAAGCUCUUUGGUUUUCUCGUAAGAGGUCGAAAUUUAAUUGGCGUAGCGUCUACCACAGUUGCGGCGGCAUUUCUUUCUUCUAGUUCUGCGAGUUCCGGUUCCAAAAUCGCGGCCAUGGACGAUCUUGGUCUUCAAAACUUGAGGACCAAGCUCUGUAUCAUUGGAAGUGGCCCAGCCGCCCACACCGCCGCCAUAUAUGCUGCCCGGGCUGAGCUGGGGCCAAUCCUCUUCGAAGGAUGGAUGGCCAACGACAUUGCGCCGGGUGGACAGCUUACCACCACUACCGAAGUUGAGAAUUUCCCCGGCUUCUCAAACGGUGUCCUUGGAAUGGAUCUGAUGGACCGGUGCCGCAACCAAUCUCUCCGUUUCGGAACUCAGAUUUUCACCGAAACUGUUAGCAAAGUCGAUUUCUCCACUAAUCCUUUCAAGAUUUUCACUGAUUCAAAAACUGUACUCGCAGACUCUGUAAUUGUGGCCACAGGUGCUGUUGCGAAGCGUUUAUCAUUUGCUGGCUCUGGCGAUGCACCAGGAGGGUUUUGGAAUCGUGGCAUAUCCGCUUGUGCAGUUUGCGACGGCGCUGCCCCCAUUUUCAGGGAUAAGCCGUUGGCAGUGAUCGGUGGUGGUGAUUCAGCCAUGGAGGAAGCGAUUUUCCUCACCAAAUAUGGCUCCAAAGUGCACAUCAUCCAUCGGCGAGAUGCUUUUAGGGCAUCAAAAAUCAUGCAGCAGCGGGCCCUGAGCAACCCAAAGAUCGAGGUGGUUUGGAACUCUGUGGUGGUUGAGGCCUAUGGAGACGGAGACAAGGGAGUUUUAGGAGGUCUGAAAGUGAAAAACGUUGUUAGUGGGAAGGUAUCCGAUUUGAAGGUUUCUGGGCUAUUUUUUGCAAUUGGGCAUGAACCAGCGACCAAGUUUUUGGAUGGGCAGCUUCAACUCGAUUCUGAUGGUUACAUAGUGACAAACCCGGGGUCGACUCGGACUAGUGUUCGGGGAGUUUUUGCAGCCGGAGAUGUACAAGACAAGAGAUAUAGACAAGCCAUUACUGCCGCUGGAACUGGUUGCAUGGCUGCUUUGGAUGCAGAACAUUACCUACAAGAGAUUGCUACUGAAAAGAGUAAAUUAUAAAUUUUGAUUAUGUAGUUGGAGAUCUACAAUGGAUCCUCAUUAAUUCAAACACUAAACCCCCAACAAGUUUUGUUUAGCAGGUAGAACUAUUUAUAUCAUAUGUUUAUCAGAAAAGAAAAGAGGAACGUGUAUGAUUUAUAGAUUAUUUUUCUUUUACUAUUAUUGUUGAGAUAAGAACAUCGAACCUUGAAUAUCUAGAAGUGAAGAUCAUGUCAAUUAAGGACAGACAUAUUAAGGGAUUAUUAAGGGAUUA